UCCUUCACUGUCAGUGUGUGCGGUGACAAACCAGCAUCCGUGAGCUCCCAAUCCAUCUCCAAUUGUAAAUUAUGGAAGAGAUUAAUAACAUUGAAGUCGUUCCGUGCACAGAGUCCAACUAUCUGAAACCGUUCCGGGUAAACUAUAACCAGAAUGGCACAAAGAAAUCCUGGGACUUCAUGCGAACCCAUGACAGUGUAUCAGUGCUGAUCUUCAACACCACCUCACACUGUUUUGUCCUUGUCAAGCAGUUCCGUCCAGCUGUAUACAUGUGUGAGUGGGAAAAGGCCAAGAUGCAGCCGCCUCAAGCUGAUGAAAAGACCGCAGAGGGCGCCGCCGAAGCCUCAGCUUCUGAGCCUCAGGAGGGCCAGUCGGCCUCAGCAGGGGAGAGCUCUUCUCAAUGGCCCCCAGCCUCAGCAGGGGUCACCUAUGAGCUCUGUGCUGGCUUGGUGGACAAACCUGACCUCCCUUUGGAGGAGAUCGCCCGGCAGGAGGUGCUGGAGGAGUGUGGCUACGAUGUGCCAGCUUCUAAGCUGAAGAGGAUUACUUCGUACAGGUCAGGUGUGGGUGUAACGGGUGCCAAGCAGACCAUGUUUUACGCCGAGGUGUCUGAUGACAACUGUGUUGGCGCAGGUGGAGGUGAGCCACGUGAGGGGGAGCUUAUCGAGGUGGUCAAAGUCCCGCUGCACGAGGCCAUGACGUUUGCCUACGACGAACGUAUUCCUAAGACCAUGGGCGUCAUUUUUAGUUUCAUCUGGUUCCACAAUAACAUGUCUCCCAAGUACAAGAUUUCCACCAAUGUGUAACUAAUCGCCCUUUUCUGUCAUUUAUUAGAAAUUAAAAUUAAACACUGGCCCAGUACAUCCACUCUUCUCCUUAAGGCUCGUCAUCCUGUAUUGCCUUUUUGCUUAUUGGUACAUGAUGAAGUUGGGGGGGGGCUUGUCUUGUUGCCAGCUGGUUUCUUUUUUUUAAAUUUUUUUUUAUUUAUUUAUUUAUUUUGCCCCGGUCACUUUUUACAUUUUUAUUUAUUUUAAUUAUUUUCCACAAACAGUUUGCCAUAGCUGGUUUUCACUGGCACUUUUUCCUCUUAUUUCUUUUUUUUUUUUUCUUUCUUUUUUUUAAGUACAGAUAUAGGAUUAUCAUUUAAUUUACUGUGCCAUCUGUUAAGAAUGGCUGCAUAUCACUGAUUUCAUUUGCCUGCCCUUAAUUAAAGGAAUGCUCCACUGUUUUCUUCAUCUUGAAUGUCAUCUGCAUGAAACUGAUCAUUUUAAGAGGACAUUGGUUACAUACAUUCUUAGUAUUCUUAGUGCUUAUUUUAUGCCAAGUUUCUGAGUUGAAAUACCACUGAUAUCAAUGUCUCAACUCAGAUGCACAGGUUUUUUUAUUUUUUGUCUCUUUUAACCUCAACGUAUCCAACUCUGCAUGUAAGAAUGCAAUCACAUUACUCUAUUAGCAUACUAGAAAACAUUAAACUUUCUCCAUCAAUAUUGCAUCUUUUAUUUAAUUUAAAUCAACCAAAAUGUCACCAACUGUGAUCCUAUCUAGAAAUGAAUCCAGCUUGCUCAGUUUGCAUCUUUUUAGCAAUUGAAAAUUUGCUUGCAAGAGUAUCUAUUGGCCACCAUCAAGUAUGCUGAAAAGGGGUAUAAAUGCAGAAAACACAAAAACAGUGGAGUGUUCCUUUUUAUACACAAUCCAGUAAUGCAAAAACAAUGCUCGUUCAUUGUGGGGCCUUGUAAUGAUGGAGGUGUUCAGGCAUGCCUCAUGUAAAUUUUCUGACCCACAGCCUUUAAGCAAUAUCCAUUAAAAUACCCCAGAAUAAAAAAAGAAAACAAUCACUCAGUAUCACUAAAAAUCUGUGCUCACUCUGUUUGGAGUUGUUUAUAAAGUCAAACCAGUUGUCACACGCAACCUUCUUUUACUACACAGGAAAAUCAUACACCUACCUCUGCACCGAGGCCUAUUUUUUCUGUUUUCUGUGUAUCAUUGUACCGAAGCACAAUCCUGAUUAGAAGAAUUCUGUACAGUUAACACUUGAAUCCACUUCUAAUGGCAUCUUCACAUUUAGCUUAGAACAUGAGAAUCUGCAGUGGGUUAAUGUUUGCUUUUCAGACUUGUAAACUUCCUGAUUAGGGAAUCACUUUUUAGAGAUUUGGAUUUAUCCACAAUGGAAAAACCUUUAUUUUUUACGUUUUCAUGUGUCAAUGUUUCUUCAUGAACUUGUUAAUCAAGCUUUGAUGUGUUAAAAAGGAAAAUGCUAAAUCUAAAAGCCCACCUUCUAUUUAAUUUAAUAUGCCAUUAACUUAAUAUCCCAGCAGCAUUUUGACUAAUCUCAGGUCCAGAAAAUCAAACCUAUGGUCAUAUUCAGGAUGGAUCCCUGGGUGUGGCAAAGACCAGCAAGUUAUUACAAAGUUAGAUUAUGACAUUUUAAAACCACUUCCAGCUUGAUUACUGACAAUUUAAUUGUUUUUCUUCAUUGUAAAAGGGCUGGCACUUCAUUUCUUAUUUGAUAUGUCGCAGGAAAGAAUCUCCGAUGUUGAACUUUAUUAAAAGAAAUAUGCAAAAACUGAAAAAAAGCCAAUAAUGUUUUUAGAAUGUGAUCUUCACCUAAAACAUUACUAUGCCUCCAUUUUAAGAGAACUACAUCUCCAAACUCUGGAGCAGCCAGUUGUUUAAUACUUCGCUUAGUCUGGGAAUAUAAUUGCCUUAAACGAUGUGAACACAUCUAUCAAGGCUGCCGCGCAUAUUCUGCGCCGUUUAAAGCUUUGGCUGUCCAUGUCCUGAGAAAAACUAUCAUGCACGCAGUGACCAUUAGAGAGUGCAGGGGCAAAAUAUGAGCAUAUAUUCAAUGUCCUUUACCUAUUGGCCACAAAUACCAUCUACAAUGCCACAGCUCUGGCAUUUUUUUUCAUAGUUUUAACAUGAAUCAAAUCCUACCCUCUAGCAUCGUUGUGUCCUGCAAAACUGACAGCUCUGUUUGGUUCGAGUUCUCUAGUGUGCCCCUUAAAAGAAUCCUCCUGUAACAAUUGUAGUACACGUCUAAGUGUACGAACAAUAAGACCUGUGAUGGAGCCGAUUGCCUACAUGACCGUGUGGUUAUAAACCAUGUAUAUUCCCAGCCUUAAGGCAACCUCAAAGUCUAAAAGGUGGGAAAUCUGUGCAAAAUCCAGCAAAAUACAUUUGAACAUUUUAGUUAACAUGGUGAAAUUUUAUUAACCGUGAGAGCGCCACGAAAAAGUGCUGCAUAAACUGAAUUAAUUCAUUGUACUUAAUAACAGAAAUUACAGUUGAUGUACAACCUUGUUUGCAAAAUGAUUAAAUGCAUUGAUUGGAAAUUUAUUUAAGUUUUAUUUGAUUAAAUUGAGUUUGAAACUAUUGUUUUUUUCAAAAAUAGGUUUCCUCUCUAAGCAAAGCUAAUACAAACGCAGUCUAUUUUUGGAUACUAUAGAGAGGUGUCUGCUGUUGAGCCUGCCUUCAUUAAUAUAAAUACAUGGUCUAAAACGAUUAUACAGCUGAGUCAACACCUCUACAAAAACAGGACAGUAUAAUCUUCAUAAAGGGAGGAUUUAUUGCAGAAUUGUUGUAUUAGGCUGCAUUAGUGUCGGAUGGAUGGACCACUCUCACACUGUGAGCAGGUUAUGCUCUCUAGUGUGGAGGAUUAAUUUUGUUUUUAAAGCAUAAAGGAAAGCCGACAAUCAAAUGUCAACAUUUUUCUCCUUUUUUUUUUUUGUGCAUCCUUCUCUCUUUCGAUUCCUGAAGCAGUUUAAGAGAUGACUGCUUCAUUUUUAAGCAUCACAACAUGUUACGUGGUGCCACUUUAAGUCUUACUUUCUGCACAAAUAAAUAUAACCAAACUAAAUAUGUUUAGUUUGAAACACAGUUGAAUACUUAGUCAUUUACACCCAAAACUACAUAAGAAUAAAUGCAUAUACAGUAUGUUUAACCCUUAAGCCACACUUAUCUUCCCUUCUCUAAGUGAAAUUCUUUGUCCUGCUGUUAAAAAAUAUUUUGCAUGAACAAUUUGAAUUAUUUCCAAGUUAAUAUUACUUGGAAAAAAAAAAAAAAAAGCAGAACGAAUUUGUAUUUUCUCAGGAUCAAUCGGGCACUGCAACCUAAACACAAAAUCAGAUCCUCACAAAUGGGAGCUUAU